CUUACAUUCUUUUAUUUAUUGCAGAGCCGUAUUGGUUGGCGCAAAGAAGCAAAGCGUCUACUUCUCAUGAUGACUGAUCAAACUUCUCAUUUGGCUCUUGACAGUAAAUUAGCAGGGAUAGUAAUUCCAAAUGAUGGAAACUGCCAUUUGAAAGAGAACGUGUACGUCAAAGCAACCAGUAUGGAGCACCCAUCACUUGGCCAACUUUCUGAAAAGCUCAUAGACAACAAUAUUAAUGUAAUAUUUGCAGUCCGAGGAAGCCAAUAUCACUGGUAUAAGGAACUUUUGCCUCUGCUACCGGGAACUGUUGCAAAACAGAUAGAAUCAGAGGCAGCAAAUCUUGGGGAUUUGGUAAUAGAAGCUUACAAGAAGCUGCUCUCUGAAGUGAAAAUUCAGGUGGAUAACACCCUUGAAGAUAUACAUGUCAAAGUUACUGCAAUCUGUCCUGAUGGAAGUAGAAAAAUGGGUUCAGAGGGAUGCAAGAAUGUGAAAUCCUCAACUGAAGUGUUCUUUAAUAUUUCUAUUGCCAUGAAAGAAUGUGGUACAACUGACAGAAGAAACUAUGUGAUGCUAAAACCCCUUGGUUUCAAUGAGUCCUCCAGAAUUAACAUCCACAAAAGAUGUAUGUGUCAGUGUCAGGACGAUGCAAAACACAAAAAAAUCUGCAUCAAUGAAACACCUCAUGACAUUGAAGUAUCCACCUGCAAGGGGAGCAUAUGUGGUUCCAGUGAAAAAUUAUCUUUGGAACAGUGCAGGAUGCAACAGGACCAUCUUCUUUGCAGUGGCCAGGGAGAAUGUGUACAUGGGAAAUGCAUUUGCUAUAAAAACAAAUAUGGCACAGUAUAUGGUAAAUACUGUGAAAAAGAUGACUUUUCCUGCCCAUAUUACUUUGGAAACCUAUGUGCUGGCCAUGGAGAAUGUGAAGCUGGCAAAUGCACCUGCUUUGCGGGCUGGGAAGGUGAUCGCUGCCAGUGUUCCUUAUCCUUGCGAAAACACUGCAUGAACUCAAAUGGCCAAAUCUGCAGCGGAAGAGGAACUUGUGUAUGCGGGAAAUGCAAGUGUGCUGACCCCAGCAGUUUAGGUCGUUUGUGUGAAUUCUGCCCUACCUGUAGAAAAGUUUGCAGUGACAUGCGCAAUUGUGCACCCUGCCAAUACUUCAACUCAUCUCACAGUACACAUGAUCAGUGCAAAACCACUUGCACUUAUAGAAUGCAUUAUCUUGAAAGAUCAGAAUGCCUCUCCGAUGAUUCAAGUUAUUUCAGAAUAUUUUUCAUUAUUUUUAUAAUAACAUUUUUGAUUGGUUUGCUUAAAGUGUGCAUAAUCCGUCAGAUAAUUGUAUAUUGUAACCAUAGUAGAAUCAAGUCUUCAGCAGGUUAUAGAGUGCCUGCAGCCAAAAAGGAUAAGACAUUCUUGCCUACUGUGUGUACAAAAACAGUAACUUACCGGCGUGACAAGCCUGAAGAAAUAAACAUUGGCAAGAUGCAAGUAAAUGAGACAUUCAAAUGCAGCUCCUGAGGACAACUUCUUUCUUCAGAUCUUUUGUUUUCUCGGUUGAGAGUUGUUGCUGUUUUUUUAAAAAUAUAUUGUCUAAUGCUGUGGGUAUUUACAAUUUUGAACACUGUAAUAAAAAAAAACUGACUCGGAGUCCUAGUUGCACACCAUGCCUAGGUUUCAGAAAGAGCUGCUUGUUUAAAACAAAAACAAAUGUGCAUUAACUACUGUUUAAUGUGAUUAAAUUACUGGUUGCAGCUAAGAUGUAUUUGGAUUAGGAGCCAAUUGAAUCCCAUUUGGUAGUGAUAGGAUAAAAUUGGUUUAAAUGGAAAUGUUUUGGAAUGGGUGGAUUUUAUAUCGGUUUGCAAGGCCGUUCUGUGUUGUAGCACUUUAACAUGAUGUAACUUAUUUAGUUGUGUCACAGAAUGUUAAUUGAAACUGGUAUGGCAAAAAUGCACUGUUCUCACUUUAGAGGUAGCUAACACAGAUGGGGAUUAUAAUCAGAAACUCUCAAAUCUCAUUUAGAAAACCGUAACCGACAGAAAUCAAGAAAUCAGCUACCCACACAUAUUCCUAUUCUGAGCACUGGGGACAGAGGGGAAGCAAAAAAUACAGGAGCUGAUGGGCCUGUAGAGAGAAAACAAAAGGAAUUUUAAAAACUCUGUUAGAAGGGUACGGUUACUCCUUACUUCCCCAACUUCAGCAGAUCACAAACCCAGAAUUUCUAAUUGCACUAGUUUAGAAGAAAGUGGAGAAAUGCACUUUCAUCCAGCUUGCUCAAAAUAUAUGGAGGCAACAGUCCCAGACAUCUUUUAUAUGGUAGCAAUGCCUGUAGAACAUAUUUCCAUGGAAAUAUUGUCUGCAAAUGUUCAGAAGCUGUUGGAGGAACCUAUUCUUCCUGGCAGCUGAGUGUAUCUUAGGAGGGAAAACCACUUCCCCAAGCAAGGGUGUCUACAGAGUGUGGUCAAAAAAGUCAAAAUGGUGGCCUUAGUGGUGUGAUAAAAGCUUUGCCUGGUUUUUAUGUAUAUCAAGCACCCUUGCAGCUGCCAUCUUUACCUUUCUGUCCAUAGUCUGUGAAUACCCUGUUUCUAAGUGAAGCGGCAACUUCUAUGAGUCAGGAAACUGAUCACUACAUACUGUUCACUAUUUACUUUGUUAAAUAUUUGCAUCUAGUUUGCUACAAAGUCUUCCUAAAAUUGGAUAGAUUUUUUUCUGUAAAGAUAUGAGUAAACAUAAUGGACCUUUUAAAUUAAAGUGUUAUAGUCAAAUAUAGGGAAUUCUUCAUUUGUUAUACAAAAAAUAUGGUAAAGCAUUCAGUUGGAGUAAUUUUCUAUUGUUCAGAAAAGUUCUGUUACUUCAGAAAAAAAUUCUAUUAGUUCAGAAAAUAUGAGGUGGCAAACUGGCCAGAUCAGAAUGAUCUAGAUCACCACUCUAAUACUAUGAUCCAAAUUAAAGUUACUUGACUAAAUUAAGAAUUAAUAUAUUUAAACCCCAAAUUUUAUCUGAAAGCAAGUCCAACUGAAUUCAGCAGGAGGACUUACUUUUUCGGGUAGGCAUGUAUAAGAUAAUAUUUGAGACUUGGUCAUACGUGAACUUCACACCCUAAUACUAUGUUGUUGGAAUUUCUAUGUGCAAGCCCUCAUAUAUUGAUACAAAUUCCCAGGACAGUUUGAAUGUCCGAAACUCUGCAAAGUGAUCCCAUGGAUUUUUUACGUUUGAUUUUUAACAGAACUAAGAAUUUGGACAUAUGCUCUACUAAGGCUUAAACUGCACAACUGUAGCACAGUUUCUAUUACUGGAAAAAUAUAUAUUUGUGCUUUUAUUUGGAUUGUCCUCAUGCCCCAGUUUUGCACACUCAUAAAAAGGUACUAAGUGUUAAAAUAUUUAAGUUGUAUGCCAGUAGAACAGUAUAAUAUCUAGAAUUUCUGAUCAGGCCUUUCUAUUUUUUGCCAUGUCAGGUUUGAUUUCAUAUCCAGAUAUAGCUAAAAUAGACCUAACAAAAUGUAUAUUUUGUAGUGUUUCCUGAUGCUUUUGUAUAAUGUGUACUGUUGUGUUUUCCUUUUUUUAACCAAAAAAGGAUGGAUCUGUCAUGUUUUUGUGGAUUUAGAUUUUACCACGUAGAUUCUUUCUAGGAAAGAAAUAUUCAGAGAAUAAUUAUAUCAUGUUAAUAAUUUUUUAAAAUUGAAUUCCCUAUUCUAUGAAGUAUUUUGUAGUGUACAUGACUAACUCUUUUAUUUCUGUUUAUUUAUUGAUUUGUCACUUUAGCAUAUUGUGAGAAAGUCUAUUUUUCUAUGAGAGCUAUAAUAAUUGACAUUAAAUUAAUACUAAAUUACCCAGUCUCAAACAA